UGCACUAACUUCUCGAAUACAUGUGUGAUACACGAUAGACAGAAUCAGCGUUUCACAGUUACUCUUGACUGCGGCGGAGCAGUGAGCAGUGCAGUGCUGAAAUACACCGUCAGUCAGGAUCAGCAGGUGGAGUUGAUCUCUACAGAGGUUCCUGAAGCACACAGGGGUAAAGGUGUAGCAGCUCACCUGGCAAAGGCUGCUCUGGAUUUCAUUGUUGAAGAAAAGUUGGCAGCGAGGAUAAGCUGUUGGUACAUUAGAAAAUACGUUGAUGAAAAUCCACAUCUUGGAUACCAGGCUUACACUGAAAAUAAAUAAAGGCAGAAUUAAACAAUAUCUUAACAGAAGGUUUUACAUACAUCUUACCUCCGUUACGACCGGUCGACUUGCAGUCUUAUGACAGGAUGAACAGCCUACAAGUACAAAAGAGGUACAAACAAAU